AUGCAGCGACAGAAUUUUCGGCCCCCAACUCCUCCUUACCCUGGUCCGGGUGGAGGAGGUUGGGGUAGCGGAAGCAGCUUCCGGGGAACCCCGGGCGGGGGCGGACCACGGCCGCCCUCCCCUCGAGACGGGUACGGCAGUCCGCACCACACGCCGCCGUACGGGCCCCGGUCUAGGCCGUACGGGAGCAGUCACUCUCCGCGACACGGCGGCAGCUUCCCGGGGGGCCGGUUCGGGUCUCCGUCCCCUGGCGGCUACCCUGGCUCCUACUCCAGGUCCCCCGCGGGGUCCCAGCAGCAAUUCGGCUACUCCCCAGGGCAGCAGCAGACCCACCCCCAGGGUUCUCCAAGGACAUCUACACCAUUUGGAUCAGGGCGUGUUAGAGAAAAAAGAAUGUCUAAUGAGUUGGAAAAUUAUUUCAAGCCUUCAAUGCUUGAAGAUCCUUGGGCUGGCCUAGAACCAGUAUCUGUAGUGGAUAUAAGCCAACAAUACAGCAAUACUCAAACAUUCACAGGCAAAAAAGGAAGAUACUUUUGUUAACAUUUCUGAAAUUCAACUGGAAGCUUCAUGUGUCAGGAACAUCUUGGACAAAACUUUAAUUUGUGUUGAUAUAAAUUUACCCAAAGAUGAUGACUUUGAUUGGAUAAUUAGUAAGGUCUUUUUGUUAUUUUUUGUCGUAUCAGGUAUUGUUGAUAUUAGAGAAAAAAGUAGGAUAACUUGCAACAUUUAGCUCUGGAAGUACCUACCACAUUUUAGAGAUUUACCGUUUCCAUAUAUUUAACAUUCCUGGUUACAUAAUGGACAUUUGUCUUUUAAUGUUUUUUCAAUGUUUUAAAAUAAAACAUUUUGUCUUCUA